AAAGCAAGAGAGCAUCUGAGACGCCUCCAGCUCACCUGUCCACCAGUUGUAUCCAUCCAGGAGAAGACCAUCACAAGGUCCACCAGAAGAUGGGACUUGUCACCUAUUUCAGCCUUUGCUUCCUUGGACUCCUGAUUGCCAAUCCUUUCUUAGAAGUGGAGGCCGACACCUGUGCCAGGGAGUGGCUGCCAAACCAAGGCAACUCUUAUGCAUAUUUUGAUAAUAAGUUGACGUGGCAGGAAGCUGAGACUGAGUGCAAGAGCUAUGGCCGUGGGGCCCAUCUCGCUUCCAUCCUCGCCAGAGCAGAGGCUCUCCUGGUGGCUGAGCACAUCUCCACUUACCAAGAACUCAGUGACGUCUGGAUUGGACUUCACGAUGUCCGUUGGACCAGGAAUGGGACUGAUGGAUCCCCUUACAAAUCCUGGAUGAGCUACCAGCCAGACAACGAUGGCAAGAAUGAGCACUGUGUGGAGCUGCGACAAUCCACAGGCUUUCAGCUAUGGAACGACAAUCAGUGCAGCAAACUCAAUGCCUACAUCUGCAAACAGGAGCUCUGA